UACAACCGGCCCUUACUGAAGGUUACUUUUCUCGCCAGAAAUCGCCUAAUGUCUCUGUAUAUAAUACAACUCUUCCAUAACCUACAAAUUUCGUUCAUGUUUUCAUUUAAUUAAAAAACUUAAAAGGUACAAUUUUAUCAGAAAGAACUUGUACUGUGGUCCGUAGGUCUUUAAAAUGGUAGACGAAGAAGAUCCUCGAGAGUACAGAUGGGAAACAGGCUAUGAGAAAACUUGGGAAGCAAUUAAGGAAGAUGAGGAAGGGUUUCUGGAAGCCUCGGUUGCCGAUAUUGUCCAACGAGCGAAACGAAAGCGCCAAGCACAAAAACAGAAGAAUACGAAGUUGGGAAUGAUGCGCCACCUAUUUCUUAUUGUGGAUUGUUCCGAGUCGAUGUCUAAUCAAGACCUCAAGCCGACGAGAUUAUAUUGCACCAUUAAGCUGCUCGAACUUUUCAUUGAGGAAUUUUUUGAUCAAAACCCCAUCAGUCAAUUAGGUAUAAUAAUAAUGCAGAAUAAACGGGCGGACAGAAUUAGCGAGUUAAGUGGAAAUCCUCGCAAGCACGUCAAGGCUAUUGCAGGUUUAAAUCGUACUUCGUUGCUUGGUGAGCCGUCAUUACAGAACGGUCUAAAUAUGGCUCUUAAAUCUUUGAAAUUGUUACCGUCGCAUGCCAGUCGAGAGGUGUUGGUGAUUAUUGGAAGUCUUACAACAUGUGAUCCUACCGACAUUAAUGUUACAAUUGAUGCAAUGAAAGCGGAAGGUGUUCGAUGUUCGAUAGUCGGUCUAGCUGCCGAAGUGCACAUUUGUAAACAACUAGCAUCUGAAACAAACGGAACAUACAAUGUCGUUUUAGACGACAGCCAUUAUAAGGAUUUAUUAUUUCAACACGUAGAACCUCCACCCGCAGCAUUUUGUUUGGAAUCGAGCCUUAUUAAAAUGGGUUUCCCCCAUCAGAUGGUAACGGAAGGAACAGAUGAACCUCUAACUAUGUGCAUGUGUCAUGUUGAUAGUGUUGAUGAAGGAAGUAAACUAACCACAGGUGGCUAUUACUGUCCUCAGUGUUGUAGCAAAUACUGCGAGCUACCUGUGGAAUGUAGAGUUUGCGGUUUAACAUUAGUGUCAGCGCCACACUUAGCCCGCUCGUAUCAUCACUUGUUUCCUGUAGGCGGUUAUAAAGAGCGCGAAUUUAACAACCAAGUCAGUUCUUGUUAUGCUUGCCAAAAAGUAUUUGGUGAAACGGAAAAGCAGGUGUACUGCUGUUUAAAGUGUGAAAAGAUCUUUUGCAUUGAUUGUGAUAUAUUUAUUCACGAUACACUACAUACAUGUCCAGGCUGUGCUACCAACUCAUCAGUAUUACAACAUAAAGCAGCUUAGUUAAAUUGUUAAACUAUUUUUAUUAAACAAUAGUUAUAGCAACCUACAUUCUCAAGUUUCAUCACAUAAUAAAUGAACAGGCCAAGUGAGAUUGUUUGUAUUAAUUUGGUUAUCGAAUUUAACAAACAGUUGUAAUAAUAGUUAGAACAGAAGGUAUUGCUACUGCAAUUAUUCCCGAAUUAGAACCCCUCAUUAGGGAACAGCCCUCUGUGCGUGGGGUGUCUAAAAAGAUGGGUUGCGAGAUCAACCACAGCUAGAUGUGGUAACAAUCUUCGUUACCAGCUAUUCCCGUCCUGGGAAUUGUCUCUACAUGGCAAAAAAGGGGUUCUUCAAAAAGUAUCAAGCAAUUCGUUAAUUUCCACAUAGGCAAACUAAUAUGGAAAUUAAACUUCGUGGCAAGAGCAUGUAAUGGAAACAUGACAAAUUAACAUUUACACCAAAAAUGAUAACGAUUUCGUAUGAUGAAAGUCAAUCACAUUUUCCAUACACAUGAUCCAGCAAAGAGGUUAAAUAAUGCCAAUUUCAAAAACAAAAGUUGGAAGUUAAAGAAAAUUGUAUACAAUAAACAAAUAAAUUGUACAGAAGUGCAUUGAAUAACAAAAAACAAACUUACACUGUAUAAGAUCUUCUCUUCGGUUCAAUGUUGUUAAAGGAAUUUGUGACUGGCGUACAAUGAUUUUUUUAGAAUGUUGGAAUAUUACUAGCCCUGUCAGUUUAACCGUUUUUUGACUAAUGGUUUUUGUCUUGAUAAUUCGAGUUGUAAAAUAACAGUUUUAUUUGAUAAAAAAAAGUUUAUUGUGCUUACGUUCUUUUCUAUGCGGUUCUGAAUAAACUUCAAUAAAUGUGGUGUAAAAAAAUAAAAUUGAACUCCGCACCUUAAUAAAAGGAAAUGAAUUUUUCAAGAAUUCAAGGUAACGAAAUUUUUUUUUAUGAGCGAGCUAUGUAUGACAA